ACCAGAGGUGGGAUCAGACAAACACGGACCCCUGGACACACCAGAGGUGGGAUCAGGUGCAGUGUAGGAGGAGUAAGCAUAUCCUGUUGACUGGUCACUCCCGCCAUGAGCCCUGUAUAUCUUGAUAAGGAUAUCUUUUUUGACCGCUAGAGGGCGCUGUUAAUAAAAAUGUCUGCGCCCAUAGAUUGUCAAGAAAGCUGAGCUGAAUAUUGGGCAUGCCCUUCAAUGCGUGAAAAUAAAGCCCUUAAAUCAAACGAGUGUUAUGAACCAUGGCUGAAAAUAAAUCCAAAAAUGAGUUUGAGGCUGAGAUAGAGUGCCCGCAGCCCCUCCCUCAAGUGACAGAUGCACAAAAAGAGGUGGCUUCGCUGGCAAUGUCGGAGUUCGACAAGAAACAAUAUGGCUCUUGCUGCAGUCUGAUGCACAAAUUAAUAGCUCAGAGACCAAGUGAUCCAAAAGUAGUGCAUAACAAAGCAGUGGCAGAAUUCUAUCAGAGUGGAUUUCUCACUACUGAGGAGUUCAGGCAAAACUUAUCAAGAGUAUGUCAAAUGGCUCAUGUGAACAUUGACAACAGUGAGAGUCUAGAGGAUGUGGAUCACAGUGUUAUUUAUUUCAACCAGGCCGUCAUUCUGUAUCAUCUACGCCAAUAUAAAGCUGCACUCAACAUCUUAGAUAAACUCUUCCAGUAUAUAGAGCCACUAGAAGAGGCCUUAGCUAAGAAAGCAACAAUGCUGCUUGUAGAACUCUAUCUGUGUACAUAUCAGCCUGAAAAGGCAAUGGGAAUGGUGCAUUAUGCAGAAAAGACUGUGUUCACAGCAGGGAAGAAUUCUGGGGAAAAGGAAAAUAAAGAGGACCAGGUGGAUGAAGCCUGGAAACCCAAAAUUAGUUUAUACAAAACUCGGUGUCUCCUCAUGAUGAAAUCCAUGAAAUCAUGCAAAAGGGAGAUAAAAUCGUUAAUGAAUACCCAAGCCAUGAACACAUCUGUGAUAUAUCUAAAGAGUAAUUUUGAACACUUGCGGGGUAAUCACAAGAAAGCUAUGAAGAUGCUGGGUUCCAUGAUCACGACGAGUGUGUUCACUGAAGCUGGAGAGUGCCUGCCUGUCAUGUAUAACAACAAUCUGGGCUGCAUUCAGUUCCACCUCCGCAAACAUCAUCUAGGCGCUUUCUACUUCCGUAAAGCUCUUCAAGAAAAUGAGAAUGCUCUCAGAGACAUCAAGCGGGGAGCGGAACACAAUAAGAAUCUCUCUGGUAAAACAUUGAACUCCAUAGGCAUGAGUCGCCACUUUGAAUUGUUGUACAAUAUGGGGAUACAGCUGUUGCAUUGUGGGAAGCCCAUAGCUGCCUUUGACUGCUUGAUUGAAGCAGUGCAAGUCUUUAGAACCAACCCUCGUCUCUGGCUCCGACUGGCAGAGUGCUGUGUAAUGGUCAACAGAGAGAAUAAUGAUGAGGACAGGAAGUUGGAGAAGAGGUUAGAGGUCAUUCAGGGAUCUGAUGGCAGUGGGAUUCAUAGGAAACUCCGACUUGGUCCUGGACUCAAGAGAGAUAACUCAAGUCCAGGGACUCCAGCUAUCCCAGCACCCACCCAUGAGUUUGCCGCUCUUUGUUUAAAGAAUUCUUUAUAUUUACUGCCGGAAGAUCCCCUGACAGCAGAGCAUGUGCCGGUGGAAGAUUCAGACAAUGUGAAAAUAACUCCAGAGAUGGUUUUAGUGCCAGCUCCCCCAGGGAACCCUCUAAAGGCAGCAGAAGUUGCUAGUCUCAGGUGUUCUGUUCUGGUAGCCGGUGCUUACGUAGCUCUUUGUCUCAAUGACUACACGCAGGCUCUACUUUAUGCAGACAGUCUGCUAAAACAACCCAAAGUGACUGGAGCACAAAGAUAUCUGGGUCAUCUGUACAUGGCUGAGGCUCAGGUAGCCUUGGAUAAAAUAGCAGAUGCCAUCCAGCACCUGAAUCCUGAGCUAGUGGUGGACAUCAGUCUCACACUGCCAGAAAACAAGGCGGACCAAGACAAAAGUGAACGAGACCCUGAGGCCUCAGAAACAAAAGGUUCAUUUCAUCCCUGGUCACCCAAAGAUCUUCUACGAGCCAAAGCCAUAGCUCAGUACAAUCUGGCUACAGCUCACGCUAUCCGUGGGGAAUACGACAAGGCUGUUCAGAACCUUGGGGAGAGCUCCAAUUACAUAGGAACUCCAUUACCUGCCCAGAUGUACUUCCUGAAACUGUAUCUAGACUUGAUAGAGGGGAGACGAAAAAUGGCGCAAAUUGUGAUCAAAGAUCAUUUUGGACAUGUAACACCAAAUCGUGUGGAGAUGAAAAUGAACACUAAGCCUGGGGUGCCUCGCUCGGACAGUGGGGUGUCUUGAUUGCUGGACAGUAUUAUCAUAUAAAGUGGAAUGGAAUCAAUGAGAAAAUGUACAUGAAAUUGAAAUAAAGAUUUGCUAAUUAGUCACAA